AUGAAUAGAAACGAUAUCUUCGCAGUUCCAGCAGGAGAUGUUUUAAUGAUCUCUAAAUGCAAAUCAGUGCAAGCCGAUGAGAUCUAUCUAGAUCAUAACAUUAAUGGUAACUGUUACCUCUUCACACCGGUGCGCAUAGGAAAAUCUAUUUACUUUGCGCAACCCGGAACAAGAGACUUAACUUCAUCUAGCCCAAAAGCUCACUGUGGACACCUACCUUUUGGAAUUUAUAACGAUGGAUCGGCAAUCACAAUAGUAUCUGAAAGCACUGCAAAACUUGUGAAAGAAAUCAUUCACAAAGCAGAACUAUCCGAAGGUAUAACAGCCAAUGGUACACCUAUAAAAUUCGUAGGUCAAAUUUCACCCACUUUAGUCAUAGGUAAUGAAAAUAUUGCGAAAUUUGCUCCUAAUUUUUCUAUUGAUUACAAUAACAAACUCAUUUCUUUUGGCAAUACUUCAAUUGAAAUCAUAUUUCCAAAUCACCCACAACUUACCGAACUCGAUAUCCCAGUGCGAGGCGUCCAUCGCAGAGCUCAUGGUGAUGAUUGGCCCAAAAAGAAGAAAAACAAGCAGGAGACAAAGAUUUUGUUCAGACGAGAGGGAUUGAGUAUAAUGUUUAUUCUUUCCAACAAUACCAUUAUUUACAAUAUAUCUGUAGAACAUUUGAACAUAAAUGUGUAUUAG